AGUUUACGAUCCGACUAUUGACCCACAGUGAAGCUUGUCUCAGCUCCGUGGCGAAGUAAAGCUCGAGGGAAUCAAACGUAGAAGGGAACACUAGCAUGACGAGAGGGUUAAGAUUCCUGUGCUGGCCCCUGUGGCCUCUGACCCUCCUCAGCCUGCUCACCACAGUGAAGAUGCUGGAAUUCGGCGGGGCGCCCGGCCAGUGGGCGCGCUACGUGCGCUGGGAGGCCGGAUCGGUAGGCGAGCUCAGCUUCAGCCUCAAAACCAACAUCAGCAAAGCCCUGGUGCUCUACCUGGACGACGGCGGCAACUGCGACUUCCUGGAGCUUUUGAUCGCCGGCGGACGGCUGCAGCUGCGCUUCGCCAUCCACUGCGCCGAGCCCGCCACCUUGCACAUGGAGACGCGGGUGAACGACGACCGCUGGCACAUGGUGCUGCUCACCCGCAACUUUCGGGAGACGCUGCUCAUGGUGGACGGGGAGACGAAAGUCGCCGAGGUGAAGUCGAAGAGGAAGGAGAUGGCCGUCGUCAGCGACCUCUUCGUGGGCGGGAUCCCGCCGGACGUGCGCCUCUCGGCACUGACGUCCAGCACGGUGAAGUACGAGCCGCCCUUCCAGGGCCUGAUCUCCAACCUGAAGGUGGGGGAGAUCCCCCCCACUUUGCUAAACAGCCAGGGCAUUCAGAGCAACCUGGAGUACAUCUGCACCAAACAGAACCCGUGCUUCAACGGAGGGUUUUGCUCCAUUCAGUCUGGAGAAGUUCACUGCGACUGCACCCACACUCGCUUCAAGGGAAAGUACUGCAAAGAAGCUGAAGAGUAUGCUGUUGAAGGUCUGGCGCACCUGACGUUAAACGACCAAGGUGACUCCUCUCAAGUCGGUAAGGAAGAGUCGGUGGCCACCUUCAAGGGCAACGAGUUCUUCUGCUACGACCUGUCCCUGACGCCCAUCCAGAGCAGCACGGACGAGAUCACGCUGUCCUUCCGCACGCUGCAGCGCAACGGCCUCAUGCUGCACACGGGCAAGUCGGCCGACUACGUCAACCUGUCCCUGAAGAGCGGCGCCGUCUGGCUGGUCAUCAACCUGGGCUCGGGGGCCUUCGAGGCCCUGGUGGAGCCCGUCAAUGGCAAGUUCAACGACAACGCCUGGCAUGACGUGCGCGUCACCCGCAACCUGCGCCAGCACGCAGGCAUUGGACACGCUAUGGUAAACAAACUGCAUUAUAUGGUGACCAUCUCAGUCGAUGGUAUUCUGACCACCACCGGUUACACCCAGGAGGAUUACACCAUGUUGGGCUCUGAUGACUUCUUCUACAUCGGGGGGAGCCCGAACACCGCUGACCUGCCCGGAUCACCGGUCAGCAACAACUUCAUGGGCUGCCUCAAAGACGUCGUGUACAAGAACAACGACUUCAAGCUGGAGCUUUCUCGACUGGCCAUCGAGCGCGACCCCAAAAUCACCCUCAACGGCGACCUGGUGUUCCGUUGCGAGGACGUGGCGGCCCUGGACCCCGUGACCUUCGAGACGCCCGAGUCCUACAUCUCCCUGCCCAAGUGGAACACCAAGAAGACGGGCUCCAUCUCCUUCGACUUCCGCACGACGGAGCCCAGCGGCCUGCUGCUGUUCAGCCACGGCCGCCCGCAGGGGCCCAAGGAGCAGAAGCCCGGGAGGGAGCUGAAGACCGACUACUUCGCCAUGGAGCUUCUGGACGGGUAUUUGUACCUGCUGAUCGACAUGGGCUCCGGGAAGACAAAGCUGAAGGCCAACAACAAGAAGGUCAACGAUGGAGAAUGGUGCCAUGUGGACUUCCAGAGGGAAGGGAGGAAAGGGUCCAUCUCCGUCAACAGCCGCAGCAUCCCCUUCAGCUCCCCGGAGGGCAGCGAGAUCCUGGACCUGGACAGCGACAUGUACCUGGGCGGGCUGCCGGAGACCAAGUCCGACCUCAUCCUGCCGCCCGAGGUGUGGACGGCGCUCCUCAACUACGGCUACGUGGGCUGCGUGCGCGACCUCUUCAUCGACGGCAAGAGCCGCGACGUGCGGCGGCUGUCGGAGAUCCAGAGCGCGCUGGGCGUCAGCAGCUUCUGCACCCGGGAGCUGCAGAAGCGCUGCAGCAGCGCCCCCUGCGGCAACGGAGGGCUGUGCAAGGAGGGCUGGAACCGCUACAUCUGCGACUGCACCGGCACCGGCUACCUGGGCACCAACUGUGAGAUCGAGGCGACGGUGCUGAGCUACGACGGCAGCAUGUACCUGAAGAUCAUCAUGCCCGUCACCAUGCACACGGAGGCCGAGGACGUGGCGCUGCGCUUCAUGUCCCAGCGGGCCUACGGCCUGCUCAUGGCCACCACCUCCAAGGAGUCGGCCGACACCCUGCGACUGGAGCUGGACGGAGGCCGGGUCAAGCUCACCGUCAACCUGGAUUGUAUCAGGAUAGACUGUAGACUCAGUAAAGGGCCUGAGACGCUGUUCGCGGGGCAGAAGCUGAACGACAACGAGUGGCACUCGGUGAAGGUGGUGCGGAGAGGCAAGAGCCUGCAGCUGUCUGUGGACAACGUCACCGUGGAGGGCCAGAUGACCGGCGCCCACACCCGCCUCGAGUUCCACAACAUCGAGACGGGCAUCAUGACGGAGCGCCGCUUCAUAUCCGUGGUGCCCUCCAACUUCAUCGGCCACCUGCAGGGCCUGAACUUCAACGGCGUGCCCUACCUGGACCAGUGCAAGAACGGCGACAUCUCGUACUGCGAGCUGAAUGCGCGCUUCGGCAUGCGCCACAUCAUCGCCGACCCGGUGACGUUUCGGACCAAAGGCAGCUACCUGGCGCUGGCCACGCUGCAGGCGUACGCCUCCAUGCACCUCUUCUUCCAGUUCAAAACCACCACGCCCGACGGCCUGAUGCUCUUCAACUCCGGGGACGGGAGCGACUUCAUCGUGGUGGAGCUGGUGAAGGGCUUCGUCCACUACGUCUUCGAUCUCGGCAACGGCCCGUCGUUGAUGAAGGGCAACUCGGACAAGCCGCUCAACGACAACCAGUGGCACAAUGUGGUGGUGUCCCGGGACGCCAACAAUGUUCAUACGCUCAAGAUCGACUCACGCACCGUCACUCAGCACUCCAAUGGCGCCCGCAACCUGGACCUCAAAGGAGAGCUGUACAUCGGUGGCGUGACGAAGAACAUGUACAGCAAUCUGCCCAAGCUGAUCGCGUCCCGGGACGGGUACCAGGGCUGCCUGGCCUCUGUGGACCUGAACGGGAGACUCCCUGACCUGAUCGCAGACGCCCUCCACCGGGUGGGCCAGGUGGAACGAGGCUGCGACGGACCGAGUACCACCUGUACGGAGGAGUCCUGCUACCAUCAGGGAGUGUGUCUCCAGCAGUGGGAGGGCUUCAACUGCGACUGCAGCAUGACGUCCUAUGGAGGCUCGUUCUGCAACGACCCUGGGACAACAUACAUCUUCGGGCGAGGCGGAGCCCUCAUCACAUACACCUUCCCACCCAAUGACCGGCCGAGCACACGGGCAGACCGGCUGGCAGUGGGCUUCAGCACGCAGCUGAAGGAAGCCAUUCUGGUCAGGGUGGAGAGCGCCAAAGGACUGGGAGACUUCUUGGAGCUGCACAUAGAACGGGGAAAGGUCGGCGUCAUCUUCAACGUGGGAACGGACGACAUCGCCAUCGAAGAGAGCGCGGUGAUGGUGAGCGACGGCAAAUAUCACGUGGUGCGAUUCACGCGCAGUGGCGGCAACGCCACGCUGCAGGUGGACAACCAGCCCGUCAUCGAACGUUUCCCCUCAGGGAACUUUGAUAAUGAGCGCCUGGCUAUUGCUAGACAAAGAAUCCCAUACCGACUUGGUCGGGUAGUUGACGAGUGGCUACUCGACAAAGGUCGCCAGCUGACCAUCUUCAACAGCCAGGCGUUCAUCAAAAUCGGUGGUGGAGAGAAGGGUCGCCACUUCCAGGGCCAGAUCUCAGGCCUGUACUACAACGGCCUGCAGGUGCUCAAGAUGGCGGCCGAGGGCGACCCCAGCGUCCAGACCCAGGGCAACCUGCGGCUGGUGGGCGACGUGCCCUCGGUGCUCACCACAGACACCACCUCCACCACCCCGCUGGCUGAUAUGUCCACCACCAUCAUGGAGACAACCACCACCAUGGCCACGACCACCACCCGCAAACAGCGCUCGCCCACCAUGAGGGACAGCGUCACACAGAACGCCGAUGACCUCUUGGUAGCGUCUGCUGAGUGUCCUAGCGAUGACGAAGAUUUGGAGGAGUGUGAGCCUGGAAAUGGAGGUGAAUUAGUGUUGCCCAUAAUAACGGUGGACUCCCUAGACCCCCCAUCCAUCGCCACCCGCUACCCAGUAAUCCCCCCGCCCCCGACCACCUACCGCCCCUUCCUCACCCUGCUCGAAACCACCAAAGAGUCCCUCCCCUUGCCCAACGGCCGGCCCCCCUGCCCCCUGGACCAGGAGGACUGCGAAGAGCCCAUCGAGGUGUCGGCGUACGGCUCGGGGGAGAUGACCGAGUCAGAUGACGAAGACUAUUAUAAAAACUCCCCCCUGGUCACCGACAGGACUGUCCUCCCCCCUCCCCCGGCGGUUGAGGGCGGUGUCCAGAACCCCCGUGAUCGCCACUUCUCCCGAUUCCCCAACUCCCACCGCCCGCCCCUGUCCUCCACCCCCACCGCCAACCCCGAUCAGCUCAAUCCACGCCUCAAGUCGGCCGUCGGCGGCGGCGGCGGCGGCAGCAGCAGCAGCAGUAGCAACAGCAACAGCAACAACAUCCCUGCCGGCAAAAUAAACAACAGGGAUCAGGUGCUGCUGCCGCCAGCCCACCCCUCGUCAGACCCGGGUCACCGCAGGGUCCCCGGAAUAACGUAUCCGCCAAAUUUCCCCCAUGUUCCCACUCCAGACCCCACGUCUCCGGACAGAGGGCUCCCGGGCGCCGUGGAAGUCCAGCAGUCCAGCAGCACCACCGGGAUGGUGGUGGGCAUCGUGGCGGCCGCCGCCCUCUGCAUCCUCAUCUUACUCUACGCCAUGUACAAAUACCGCAACCGCGAUGAAGGGUCUUACCAGGUGGACCAGAGCCGCAACUACAUCAGCAACUCGGCCACGCAGAGCAACGGAGCCCUGGUGAAGGAGAAACAGCCCAGCACUGCCAAGACGGUCACCAAGAACAAGAAGAACAAAGACAAAGAGUACUACGUGUGAGGGAGCGCCGCCGCGACACACCGAGACAGAUGGCAGACGUACUUAGGAAAGGAAACGAGACGAGAGAGAGAAGGAGAGACUUUGAGAUGAGGCAGAACAACCACAUCACUAUUGCUCAUUUGUUUCGACAUCCGUAUUGUCAGGUGGUCACACCCGUUGCACUCAAGUCGAGAGAAUGGCCGCAAAACAAACAUGGAGGUCCGGUCACACCUUUCCAGCAUUACUGAGGUUGAUUUCAUCGAAUCAAACUUAGAUUUAAUGUUAACCGCAGUGUGAUUUCAAGGCAAGGCUAUUCCACCUCAGAGCUCAACAUAUACUGUGCCAACAACCGUGUACCAAACGCUGAUUUAACAGUGAUUUAUGUUUUCACAUCUGACAAGUCAUUUAAUAUCUGGAGUACUGUAGGCAGCAAGCACCACCAUCAGUAUUCGUGUGGAGGUCUGUGCUUCACUUGCGGUGUGCAACGUCACCUCAGACAGUGUCGACAUAUUUUCCAACGAGGUUGAAAUUAGCAACGUGACAUCCCCUCUGUAAAGUUGAUAUACUGCCAGCUAACAGAACGACUGUGUCAAACCCGGCUUCUCCACCUCCGCCAGCGACCCGGCGUCGGAUCUCUCUCAGUCUCUCUCUCUUCUUCCUCACGUCUCCGUCUCUGGUCCACAGCAGCCGAUGCAACGUUAAACUCUGCCGUGUUUCAAGCAUGUAGUAUUCAUUUACGAAAAAGAGAUAAAAUAAACUGUUUUUCUUUCUGUGGAGUUUAAAAUACAAAAAAUACGACCAUGACUGAUGAUCAUAACAACGUUAAACGUAGCAACUUCUGUGAGAUACCACCGCUCCAACCUACCAACGGAUGCUAACUUGUACGUUUAGCCGCCAAAAAAGACUUUGUCGAGGCCAAAAGAAAUCCCCUUGGUCGUCCUUCGUUCCAGCAGAUCUGUGUCACGUGUUUCUGGGGGCUGCAGGGCGCCCCCGAGUGGGCCACCAGAGGAACUGUCACGUCUUUACAGUUACUAAUCACUGAAAAACAGAAAAAACCUCCAGCAAUCCAGAUGAACUCUGUUCUAUAUAAUUAUAAAUAUAUGUAUAGACGUUGGAGAAACCUAUGGACCUAAAUCGUGAGCGAGUCUGAAAGUGAGUUUGCUGACGAAGCAAAACGGACUUUAGGAUUUUUGAUGUCGGAAUGGUUUCGCCACCCAGUCUCCGCCCCGUUUUCCCAAAAAAGCCCCGCCCCUUCUCAUGAACACUACGGCUGAAGGCACGCCUCGCUGCAAGACUCGGUCACUUUCGCUCUUUCCUUUCUUUUUUAAUCAUUUCCUUUCUCUGGAGAAAAGAGAGACGUUAAAGGGAAAUUCUGAAUCCAUUCUUGCUGGAGUCCCGGUGCGGAGAGAGAUACCUCGCAGCUGAAACGGCGCCGGUGUCUUUCGCCCACGCUCCUGCCCUUGCCCCCCCACCUCCUUUCUUUAGCCUGACUGGACUGACAGCAGCCAAUGGGCAAAGCAAACUCUAUCGGAAGAGCACACGAAUAAAAUAAGGUGAACAGCAGUUCCCUGGAAGACGUACUACAGAACUCUAGUAUUCCAAUUUUCUCAACUCUAUUAAAAGAAAAGAAAACUGUACCAUGAAAAGAAAAGAAAAAUCCAGAAAAAAGUUUGUGAAAUGUCUAAAUAUUUGACUCUCAUCCCAUUACUAAGAGAAAUGUGUUUUCCCUACUAUCAUUCCUGUUUGGAGUAUAAAAAAAAUAA